UGGGAUCGUCACCGCUUCCGUUGCAGUCGCUGGCCCGUCUUCGCACCGCAGCGAUGAGCACGGGGGAGACCACUCCAGCGGUGGACCAGCCCUGCGCCAGCCAUGGCGAGCCACCGUUGCACGUGAGGGCCACGACAAGGGCGCCGCCGACAGCACUGGCGGCGUUCCAGGAACACGUGCAAGUGCUGAGGCAACACCUGGUGGGCGCCGAGCAGACGCUGGACACCGCCGAUCCCGAGGACGUGCAGCUGCUCAAGAAGGCGUUGAUACAAGUGAGCAAGAUGAUCUCGCAGAUGGAGUCCGUCGCGAAUACGCUCGGGCAGAGGCGGCGCAACUUGAGGAACGAGCUGCGCACCUUGGAAGACGAGAACUCUCAGCUCAAGAAGGCGCUGUUCCGCGAGCGCAGCAAGGCACUCAACAAGAAUGCGAACGAUUCGCCGCUGCGUGAACAGCGGAAAAUAUCGCCUCCACCGUCCUUUUACCGGGGUGACAGCAGCGUCGACUACGACUCGCUGCGUCAGUUCCUGUUCGCCCCGGCGAUUCUCAGGUUCCCACCAGCGGACGAAAACGAGUCAAUGGUAGACUUCCUGUUUGAUGGCCCUGAUAGCAGCGCCUCAACGUCCAAGGUCAGCAGCGCCUCAACGUCCAAGGUCAGCAGCUGUCUUCGGCGCCAGUCCAGGACCUUCUGGAAAGGCCAAGCGAGGGCGCGGAGGUUCGCCGACAGGACGGAGUGCCGGCAACGUAACGGGCGGGAAGCGUUCAGGCAGCGUCAAGCGAGGUCGCGGUAGCGCAGGGGCGCGGGCCAAGCCCAUACCUUUCUUGCGUACCGUGACCGGAGUCGAGAGGGGUGGCGCUAGCUCGAGUUCGGCGCCCGUAUCCGCAUUGAAUGACGCCAUGCUCCUGGGAGGCUCAGCGCCCGCCAUGACGCCCAUCGCGCUGACGCCACCGCCCCUGCCUACCUUGGAACAAAACGAGAUCGACGACUUGGCCCAGAGGCUCCGCAACCGCAACAACAAGUUCGCGGGCAAGAAAGAAGAGACGUUCACCAUCAUAGAAUGGAACGCUUCUAUCGACUGAGCAGCCAGGCGUUGAAGGAAAUAUUGAAAACUAUUAAAAUUCACGAUUGGAAAGAGACACCGGUGCUAAGUACAGGGUAUCCUUGGAAUACAAUAUACCAUACAUGGAACACAAAGGACACCAAAGUGAGAAGAAUCGGGAAAUCCUAUAGGCACAAUUUUUUAAAUUAGCUUCCAUAUGAAGCUGCUGACAGUGAGGCAAGGGAAAGCUGACAAGGCAAGCUUUUUUUAUUUAAAUGGAGU